AUGAUUGAAGGACUGACUGCUUUGAUUCUUCUUAGUACAGCGUUUUUUGUUUGUCUCUUUUCCUCAGCUCUGAUUCAAACUGCAGAGGUUCCUCACCCAAUCUCUUUGACUGUGGUUGAAGUUGGUGGGAAUGUUACUUUGCAAUGCCCAGUUUCUGAGAAGGAGGACGUAUUCUUUAACUGGUACAAGCAGUCUCUUGGAUAUAUGGUCCAAACAGUUGCUGCACGAACUUAUAACCAACAAAAACUUGUUGGACAAUUUGACAAUUCACGUUUCCAAGUCACACAGGGGUACAAUGAGUAUUUGCUCACCAUUAGAAAUGUAAGCAAAGAGGAUGAAGCAACAUAUUUCUGUCAGAAUGGAACAGCGUAUUCACUGACAUUAGCUGAAGGCACAUUCUUGGCUGUGAACGACCGUAAUCAGCAGAAAUCUUUCUACGUGAAACAAAGUCCAGAGACUGAGUCAGUCCAGUGGGGCAAAUCAGUGACUCUUCAGUGUUCACUUCUCUCCAAAAACAAAGAAAACACAGAUCAGUGUCCAGGUGAACACAGUGUGUACUGGUUCAGAGCUGGAUCAGGAGAAUCUCAUCCAAGCAUCAUUUACUCUCAGAACAGGAGUGAUGACCAAGAUGAAAAGAGCUGCGUCUACAGUCUGUCCAAAACUAUUCAGGACACUUCUGAUACUGGGACUUACUACUGUGCUGUGGUCACAUGUGGAGAGAUCCUGUUUGGUGAAGGAGCUAAAGUGGAGAUAAGACAACUAGACCCAGUUGUCUUUGUACUUGGAGCACUGUUGGUCUGCUGUGUGACUGUGAUUGCCGUUCUUGUUUUCUACAUGAAUCGAAGCAGAGUUUGUGAACGUUGCAAAGGAACAAUGAGUGCUUCUCAUAACCCUGGGCAUGACAAGUCGACAGUGGAUCAGUCAAAUGACCUGGAUGGGGAAGCAGAAGCAGUGAACUAUGUAGCACUGAAUUUUUCCACAAGGAAAGUGAAAAGAGAGAGGAAGAAGAGAGAGUCACCACCAGACUGUGUGUACUCUACUGUGAGAGCAGAUUAUCACACCCAACACCACCCCUCUCUGUAGGCAGAGCAUGGCCUGUGCAUUGGGUCCCAAUCUCCUCAGAGGACUUUUUUCUGAUUUCAGAACAAGAAUGGGACCCAGUUAUUCUUGUGCUGGGAAUACUGUUGGCUCUCUGCGUGAUUGUGAUUCUUAUUUGCUCA